GAUACGGUCUGUCACAGAGUCCAAAACACCCUUUUCUUUUUCACUUUCGGGCAAAGUAGACCGACAAACUGUGCUACUCUCUGUCUCUCUCACUCGCACUUGAAGUUGAAGAUGGCCAUGAAACCCAAGAUCCACCCUCCCAACGGCAAUGGCUACUCUAGCGACAACUGCGGUGGAGGCGGUGGCUGUGGAAACACUUCCCCUAGUCCACCUACCUCACCUCCCCGUCACUCCCAUUUCCGCCGCCGAGUGAAGUCUAAGGUCCACUACGUUCACUCCCUUAAGGAGAGCUUCGGGGGCGGCUACGGCAUUCUGUUCCGGCGGAACCUUCUGCUUCUGUCCCUGCUUUACGUGUCUGGCCUGCUCAUGUGCGUGGGGCCCUUCUCUGCUUUUGUUUCCGGUCCAACUCUUCCUGGCUCCUUCUACCGUAGCCACGAGAUGUUUGGCAGGCUCUGGCGUGACAUUGAGGCUGAUAAUUCAUCCGCAAUUGAGUUAUCCUCUGUCUGGAAAUUCAAAAGGAGGCUAAAAGAGCAGAAACCUUGCCCAAACUCAACUGCUGGACGACGUUUUGAGUCAUCUGGCCCCACUGGUUACUUAAUUGUUGAGGCUAAUGGUGGUCUUAAUCAGCAGCGCUCUGCAAUCUGCAAUGCAGUGGCUGUAGCUGGACUUUUGAAUGCGAUACUUGUUAUCCCUCGAUUUGAUUUCCAUAAUGUUUGGAGGGAUCCAAGUGAGUUUGGUGACAUAUAUGAUGAAGAUCAUUUCAUAGCUACCCUUGAGGACUAUGUGAAAGUGGUGAAAAAGCUGCCCGAGGCAUUGAUGGAAAGACAUGAUUACAACAUUACUAACGUACCAACCUUCCGCGUCCAAGCUUGGGCUUCUGUCAAUUAUUACUUGGGAGAAGUUUAUCCUGUCUUGCAGAAGCAAGGGGUUAUCCGCUUGGCCCCCUUUGCUAAUAGAUUGGCAAUGAAUGUCCCACCUCAUAUUCAAUCUCUGAGAUGCCUCACUAACUAUGAAGCAUUGAGGUUCUCUUCUCCCAUUACAACUCUUGCAAACAAAUUAGUGAAUAGAAUGAUUGAGAAGAGCUCAAGGACUGGUGGGAAGUAUGUUUCUGUUCACCUCCGCUUUGAAGAGGACAUGGUGGCUUUUUCAUGCUGUGUGUAUGAUGGAGGAAAGGCCGAAAAAAUUGAAAUGGAUUUACUUCGUGAAAAAGGGUGGAAGGGAAAGUUCAAACGAAAAGAUCGUAUCAUUUUACCAAGUCUCAAUCGAAUCACUGGAAAAUGCCCACUAUCUCCGUUGGAGGUUGGGAUGAUGCUACGUGGCAUGGGGUUUGGUAAUGACACUUCAAUUUAUCUGGCAUCAGGGAAAAUAUACCAAGCAGGAAGACAUUUAGCUCCUCUUCUAAAGAUGUUUCCCCAUCUCCACACAAAGGAAUCUCUUGCAACCCCAGAAGAGCUUGCUACUUACGAGGGAUUUUCUUCAAGAUUGGCAGCUCUGGACUACAUAGUAUGCUUGUCUAGUGAGGUUUUUGUGACUACUCAGGGUGGAAACUUCCCACAUUUUCUGAUGGGUCACCGAAGAUUCCUCUACGAUGGACAUGCUAAGACCAUUAUGCCUGAUAAACGAAAGCUUGUUGUUAUACUGCAGGACAUGGGUCUCAGCUGGAAAGCUUUCAAGGAUCAGAUGAAAGAAAUGCUCAAUGAAAGUGACCGCAAGGGGAUCAUGGUACCAAGAGUGAGAAAAUUGAACAGAAAAACUUCCGUGUACACGUACCCUUUACCAGAAUGCAGAUGUCUCCAGAAAUCCGACAAGAAUCUAAUGAAUCCAAAUUCUACAUUCUCUAAUUACCAACUGAAAUCCAUGAGGCAUGAGAUGGAAAACCAAACUUAAUUAGUAUUUAUCACUAGCGCAGCUGCCAAACAUAUAUGAUUUUCUUGUACAAGUGGGCUUUGGUUAUUGUCUUUGAUUUUUAUACGAGCCCAUUACAGUUCAGGCGAGACAGGCUUUUCAACUCUGAUUCACGAGGAAUUCCUCAUUCCAUGUUACUCUUCUGCCUUCUACAUGGAGAUACUGGAUCUCUCAUCUGGCAUGGGUUAUGUAUGGAGCCUAGACUAUGAACUGACCAAGAUGGGAACAUUGCUAGACUUCGAUGUGCAUGAGGAGAUAUCAUUAACCCUAUCAUUCAGGAAGAACUUGUGAGUUCCAAGCCUUUUUGCAGUAUGAUAUAGUUUGUCUCUGUGAUUGUUAACAUUAAAAGGGUAUUAUACAUGAAGUGUCAUUAAUAUUACGUUCGUCUUUGGCAUUACAACUUUGCCAAUCAUUUUUGUUAUCUUGCUCACCAUUUUGUGUAAUGAGAUGAAAUCUGCAUGACUUUGAUGUAAUACUUUUUUCUUU